UUCAGCAAGUUUUUACUAAAUGCUUCCAGUUUGUAUUUUAGAUUUUCUAUUAUGGUAUCAGAGCUCUUGAUCUCAAGAGCUCUGGUGAUUCUUUGCUGCUAUGGCUAGGGGGAAUAACAAUUUCAAUGGAGGAGGAGGUGCAGGAUCAUCUGUCACGCUUCCACAAAAUCCAGCACAUCCUUUGAGUGUGUAUUACAUACAUCCUGGUGAGAAUCCUUCCAUGCCUUUAACUACUCCUCUACUAUCGGUUAAGAACUAUCAUAGUUGGGCAAGAGCCAUGAAACGUUCACUCAUAUCAAAAAAACAAAUUCUAAGAACUAUCAUAGUUGGGCAAGAGCCAUGAAACGUUCACUCAUAUCAAAAAAACAAAUUCAAAUUCGUCAAUGGCACAAUGCCAAUGCCUACCAGUUUUGAUCCCAGCUUUGAUGCUUGGGAGAGGUGUAACAAUCUUGUUUUGUCUUGGAUUUUUAAUUCUGUGGAACCACAAAUCGCACAAAGCGUAUUGCUAAAGACUCGCUUUGCUCAAGGAGACAAAGUGAGGAUCUUUGAGCUACAACAAGAAUUAGCAUCAAUGAAGCAAGGUAGUAACUCAGUGACACAGUACUUCACAGAGAUCACCAUCUUGUGGGAAGAACUUGACAAUUACAGGCCUCUUCCUGACUGCACAUGUGUUGUUGCAUGCCUCUGUGAGACAGGUAAAAAUGGUAAAAUAUACAAAAAUGAAGACUACAUAAUGAAAUUUCUUAGUGGCUUGAAUGAUGAGUUUGAGGUUGUAAAAACUCAAAUCCUCAUGAUGGAGCCAUUUCCAGAUAUAGACAAGACUUAUUCACUUGUUAUUCAACAUGAGAGAAGGCUCAACUCUAGUUCUAGUGGCAAUAUAGAGGAAACACAAGUUUUCAUCAAUGCAACAGAAAGCAAAAGGCCUUUUGGUAGAGGUAGAGGAGGUUAUAAUGGUUCUGCUGGCAGAGGAAACUUAAAAAUUUGCAGCUAUUACGAGAAGACAGGACAUACAGUGGAAGUCUGUUAUAAGAAGCACAGUUAUCCAGGAGGCUCUAGAGGGAAGAAUUAUAGUUCAAAUCAUGUUAUUGGUGAAGGUUUGGACAACUCAAUAGAGGAACAACAGACAAUAAAGGGUGAUGAUGCAUCAGAUCAUGUGUCCUUGACUAAAGAGCAGUAUCAAAACAUCAUGCAUUUGCUUCAACAAUCAAACAUCACUGGUAAUACCUUAAACACUCAAAUAGCAGCCGUAAGUUCCACCCAUUCUAUGCCUGAAAAAUCACAAACCACCUCCAAUUCAGGAUUUGACAACUAUGAAGAUGAUUGGUUCUGCUGAGGCAUUGGAUGGAUUAUAUUUCAUGCAAGUUUCCAAGCAUCAGACACAAGCUAACCUAGCAGAAGCUACAUCCAGUUCUUUUCCUAAUACAGCUUUGUGGCACUUUAGGCUAGGACAUAUUUCUUUUUCAAAAAUGAAUCAAAUGAUUGCUUUGUAUCCAUACUUACAGAAUUCUAAUAAAAGACAUAUAUGUGACAUUUGUCACUUUGCUAGACAAAGAAGACUCCCUUAUUCAGAUAGUUUACAUAAUGCAUCCAAACCUUUUGAUUUAUUACAUCUAGAUGUUUGGGGCCCUUUAAAACCAAAUCCAUACAGAAUCAUAAAUAUUUCCUGACCAUUCUGGAUGAUUAUAGUAGGUAUCUGUGGGUGAUUUUUUUAAAACACAAAUCUGAAACAGAAGUUCAUCUUAGAAGUUUUACUCAAAUGGUAGAAACUCAGUUCAAUACUACAAUCAAAACAAUUUGGACAGAUAAUGGUUCUGAAUUCUUUCUUGCUUCCUUUUAUAGGGACAAAGGAAUCAUACAUCAAACUACUUGUGUAGAGACCCCCCAACAGAAUGGGAGGGUUGAAAGAAGGCACCAACACAUUUUAAAUGUUGCUAGGAGCCUUUUUUUUCAAGCAAACUUACCUAAAACUUUUUGGAGCCUAGCUGUUGGUCAUGUUGUUCAUUUAAUCAAUCGAAUUCCUACAGAACUAUUGGGAGGACACUCUCCUCAUCAACUUUUAUAUGAUGAACAACCUGACUUGUCAUACCUUAAGGUUUUUGGGUGUUUGUGUUACAUUUCAACUCUUGUUGCUCAUAGAUCCAAAUUUGAUCAUAGAAGUCAUAAAUGCAUUUUUGUUGGUUAUAAA